CCCAAAUGCAAUCCACAAACCUACAAUAUUUUAAGUUUAAUUUGUUAAUUAAUUCUCAAAUAUUUGCAAUUAGAAUUCUCGUUGGGAAACGGUCGCUGGUUGCUGUGUGGGGCAGAGGGGCGGUAGCUCGCGGUGGCGGCGUGUGCAGCAGGGCAGGGGCAGCAGCUCGCGACAGCGGAGGCAGAGGCCGGGCCAUAGGUGGCGGUGGCGUGUACUUCGCAGUGGGGGCAGGGGCAGCUCGCAGCAGCGCGGCAGAAGGACAGCAACCCGCGCAAGAGGGGCCGGCAGUAGGUCGCGGCAGCGAUGUGCAGUGGCCAGGCAGAGGGCCGAAAGCCGCCCGGUGACCCGACAGCAGAGCUAAGGCCCUCGGAGGGCUGCGCUGACGACAGCAGGGGGAAGGAUGGAGGCAGACCGUGUCGAUCAGAGGAGGCGGUGCUGCAUGCACGGUGGGAGAAGCAUAGAGAGAGAGGGAGAAGCUUAGAGAAGCCGAGGAAGAAGACAACAGACGAUAAUGUGUCCCGAGUAGAGGGCAGCCGGCCAACGGUCAAAGGUGGUGGAAAAAGUGAUCUGGACCAUCACGCGAGAGGUACCGGCGGCUGGACUGGUGAAAGGAAGGGAGGGAUUGGUGGACGGGCUGCUGGCGGCUGAGGUGCUGGAGGCAAAGGUCCAGGAGCCGGAGAUGAUGAGCAUUCUUCUAGGCAGUCGAGGAUUGUGCUGGUGCAUUGCUGAGCGCAAAGGAAAGGGUCUGGAAUGGGGCCUUGGGUUGCUAUGCAGUCAACCAAGCACUGCAGAGGAGCUUGGACCAGGCACUGGAAUCCACACUCGACCAAGCCGCUCCCACAAUUCGUGAAACACAUUGGUAGCCCGUAGGGGCUGACUCUAAUGCGCUCGUAAAACACAUGCACCGAGGAUGAGCCCGUCAGGAACAGCGCCAGAAGUACCACACGCAGGACUUGUCUUGCAAUGGUCGGAUCCAUGACCAAGCUACUCAUGCGGCAGCUGGCUAGAUAUAUAUUGCCUGGUAUAUGUUUUUGUUGUAUGUUGGUGUUGCUAACUUGCUUAGGAGUAAGGACCUACGCAUACCGAAGUGAAGGAUGCAGCAAUUUUAUAAGUUCUGAUGAGAGUGACAUGAUGAUCUAGCCGGAGAG